UGUGCACAUGCGCAGUACAACAAGUUUCGGGUGGUAAUCGAGUAGCCAUAGUGCGCAUUAGUUCAAAAAUCGGUUCUCUCGGUCGUCAUUUCGGAAUACGAGGACGAUUCAUCCUAUAAAAUCUUUAUGGCUGAUUUUCACAGCUGACAGCAGCUCUGAGUUGUUUUGAUGUGAUAUUUGUGAUUACUAGGAAGAAGCUGAGCACGACCACAUUUUUUUAGCGUUAAAAAGGCGGAAGUUUACGCCCUUUCUCGAAAGCGAAACCUAAAGAAAUGGCUGCCGGUGCAUUCUCUCUCGUCUUAGGAUUUGUAUUCAUUUUUAGUGCAGGUUCUGUAGAUGUUAAAUUUGCGACUGGAUCAACUCAGACUCUUCGUGUAAACGCUGAAAGAGCUCUUAAAUUCAUUGAGUGGAAACACAAAGGGAACUUGGUGGUUGAGUGGUACGGUGAAGGUGACCCUACGCAGUAUCGAUACAAUGCAAAGCUAAACACAAACACUGGAGACCUCACUAUUACAAUGCAGAAUGUUAACAGCGGUGAAUAUAAAUGUCAAUACCAAUACAAGGAUAAAGGCACUUUUGAUGAGAUUACAUUUCAAGUUGAAGUGAUCGAUCCAGUUUCUAAACCCAAAGUGACCUGUAAAAAGAAUGCCACAAAUAUUACGCUCAAGUGUGCAAUAGACUCUUCAGCACAAGCAAGCUUUAAAUGGAAAGGGCCUGAUGAUUUCUCUCAUGUUGGGGACAGUGUCCAUAUCACCAAUCCAGAAGCUAAAGACUCGUAUUUCUGCACUGCAACAAAUGCAGUGAGCGAAGAGACUGCAGAGUUUAAACUUACAGACUGCCCCAGUCAAGGUAAUCAAGAUGAAUCUGAAACUAAUAAUCUUGGUGCUGUUAUUGGUUCACUGAUUGCAAUUGCCAUUGCUUGCAGUUUGGGUACCCUUGGGUACUUCUAUCACACAAAAAAAGGUUUCUUCAGGACUUCAGCGACUACUAAUAAUUCAUCUUCUUACAAGAGUGCAGCUUCUAAUGAUGGUGAACCAGCUGUGGUAACUUCCUAGACCACAAGCAGGAUGAUGAUUAAUGAAUGAAUCUGCAAUUAACAGGAGGAGGGAAGUUCAAAUUAAUUUUUUGCUGAUGACCCACAUGGAUAGUCCACCUGAUCUACAGAAUUGAACGUUGGUGCACCUCUCACCCCUGCAAACAAGCUUAAAACAUUCAAAAGGUAAUUGUUCAAAAAGCAUGAGCAAAUUUUAGAAUUUUUGCUGGCUUAACAAUGCUUGAAUUUGGACUGAUUUUAAUGUGUAGGUGUGCAGACAUAGUACGUUUUUAAGAUACUGAUUGUUCAAUGUAUUUAUUGUGGUGUUUUUUUCUUUUUUUUUAACUACUUGUUGCUUUUACUCGUUUGCUCUGAAUUGCCUGAGAUUUAAAGCUAGACUUAAAACACUGUUCAAAAAGUUCUGUUUUGAAAUAAAUUGGAAAUGAUACAGUGCUGUCAAGCAGAUGGAAUACUAUGACUUGUUUUUCAGAAGCAGUGUUUAACAUGCACGAUAAACUAAAAAGGAGUGAAAAUGCUUAAAUAUGCAUUAACAGAAGACUGAACAGUUUUUAUUUGAUGUCUAAUGAAAAAUGUCAGUUAAUUUGGAUACAAUUGCUGUGUUUCAAGAGCAAAUUAAAACCAAAGGAAUCCCUUUUUUUUCUUUCAUUAGUGGUAAAUUAAUAAUUAGCUUUUGUUAAGUCAACUAUAUUAAUGUUUUAGAUAAAUGUGUGGAUUGUUAUGCUUUUACUAACUAGAAAUCGUAUUUUAAGUAGGGAUGAAAGUCCUUCGUUCAUCUGUACGAAGCUUUUUCUGUCACUUAUGUGAAAAGUUGUUUUUUGCAAGUUUUCAUGAAAUAUCUUGUAAAAAAGUGUGUGUAAAAAAAAAUCAAUAACCAUUGUAAUCUUUGCAAGUAAACAGUACUUGUCAUUUAUUCUCUGUUUAAAAUAAAAAAAAUGCUAAUUACAUGUUAAGGUAUGGUUGAUGCACUAAUAACAACUGGAAUAAAUAUAUAAACUGAA